CACGUUUUCUUGCACAUUAGGCCACUAUAGAAGGCACUUUAUCAUGUUUUAUCUAGGUUCUAUCUUUAUCUAGUUUAAUCGACAUGAAAUCAGUUUCAUGUCGAUGGAUUUUUUUUUUCACAUGGUCUCUAAUCAGAACCAAGGACAGCGCCAGAUUGCGCCCUGACGCAGAAGGACGCUUUUUCACGGUUGGAGAGCUGAGACUCACAGAGCAACAAUCUCAGAGCAACACGACAGCCUGAUGAGCUCUGUCACCAGGCAUGCAGAGCAACAUAUCAGUUAUUUUGUGUUUAUUUGGAUUCACAGAAAAUAGACCGCUUUUCUGUGUGUAGGCUAUUUAUGUGGGCUAUUAUUUAAGUAACAUGGAGGCUGGCGCAAGAACCUAAAAUCCAAAGAUUUUUUCCCCCAAGAGGUGAAGCAUUUGGAUUUAUAGGCAUGACUUUUGUAAAUAUCCUCGGUGAUUAAAGUUAAAAUGUCUGGAGAAUUUACCGACACUAAUUACGAAGGCUCAGCAGGGAUAGUCUAUGCUGCAGCCAUCAACUUCAGCUGUAUUUUCAACACGACCAACAGUUCCAAUGGCGACAACUUCCACCUGUCAGACUUGGACAAAACAGGAUUUGUGGGAGACGGCGCCGCUGUUGUGAGGAUUAUCAUCUCUGUCAUUUACUCGCUGGUUUGCGCGCUCGGUCUGGUUGGGAACUUACUGGUCCUGUACCUAAUGAAGUCUAAACAGGUGUGGAAAAAAUCCUCCAUCAACCUUUUCGUAACUAGUUUGGCUGUGACUGACUUCCAGUUCGUCUUGACUCUGCCGUUCUGGGCGGUGGAAAACGCGCUGGACUUUACGUGGCUUUUCGGCAAAGCAAUGUGCAAGAUAGUUUCCUAUGUGACAGCUAUGAACAUGUAUGCCAGCGUGUUUUUCCUGACUUCCAUGAGCGUGGCGAGGUACUGGUCGCUCGCCUCUGCGCUCAAGGGCAGGCGGCGGCGGCCACAGUGCUGCUCCGCGCGGUGCAUCACCGUUUUCAUCUGGUUUGCCGCUGUCUGCGCCGCUCUGCCGCACGCAGUUUUCUCCACAACAGUGACAGUUUCCAAUGAGGACUUGUGUCUUGUCAAAUUCCCGGAAACCAACGGAACCGCGCAGCUUUGGCUGGGACUCUAUCAUUCUCAGAAAGUGCUGCUGGGUUUUGUGGUUCCGCUGGGCAUCAUCUCAGCCUGCUAUCUGCUCCUUUUGCGCUUCAUCACUUCCACAAAUAAAAACACCUCGAGCGCCAAACGACGCGCCAAAGUCACCAAGUCUGUCACCAUCGUGGUCUUAUCCUUUUUCCUCUGCUGGCUGCCCAACCAGGCGCUGACAGCCUGGGGCAUCCUCAUCAAACUCAACGUGGUACAUUUCAGUUAUGAGUACUACACCAUGCAGGUGUACGUCUUCCCCGUGUCCGUGUGCCUGGCGCACUCAAACAGCUGCCUGAACCCCAUCUUGUACUGCCUGAUGAGGCGGGAGUUCAGGAAAGCACUGAAAAAACUCUUCUGGCGGAUGACUUCGCCGACCAUAAGGCCGAUCACAGCCACCACAAAGCAAGAGAUGAACGAGCAAGGGCAAGUCCCGGUCCCCGUCAGCGCGCCCGAGGAGCCCGCUGUGGUGUUUUAUCCUCCGGGGGCUGUUGUAUACAAUGACAGAGAUCUGCCGCAAAACAGCACUUAGUCUAAAGUACCACACGGACAGGUUUUGUUUUCUUAAAAAUCCUUUUUGAUUGUUAUUUAUCUGCAUUUAUGUUAAUUGCUCCAUUUCCUGCCUCGCAGCUGUCAGGAAAGCUCAAGUUGGAUCUGCAUGAUUGAAAGGGUGAGAAAAGAACAGCACUGGUCAUUUACGACCACACUGAUACCUGUCCGUGAUCAGUGACCACUCUUACGUGACCACUUCACAUGCAUCUGUCAUUUUGUACUUUGAUGCUCUUAAUAAAAGAGCAAAGGACAUUUCUCUUGUGCACAAAGACAGAAGAGGUACGGUAUUUUGAAUGUUUCUGAAUAAGUCUGUCCAAAAAAUGUAAAAACAAACAACAUUUUUUAAUGUGUAAGUAAAGUGUAUUUACAAUGUGAGACACUUGCUGGUCCUUCUCUGUAUGUUGAAAAAACAACAACAAAAAAAAACUAAAACACUCAGGUGUGUGGUUGUCAGUGAGGAUGAAUAAUGAACAAAAGCAGUCAGUUUUUAAUGCCACAAAAAUCUCAUGGUGAUCAUGGUACAUUAGAUAAAAACGAUUCCAAUGAGCUCCACACAGUGAGGUACAGAUUUUACAUUUAGGGAAAAGAGAGCACUGGUAUCGGAUUUGUACUCGGUAUUGGCUGAUAACCUGAAUUGAUGUAUCAGAAUCUGUAUUGGAAAAGAAAAAGUUGGAUUGAUGCAAAGAGGGCAUCAUGUGUCAUAAAUCUAUGCUCAUCAGACACUCUGCAUAGCCUUUAAAUAACUUUGCAUUUACAUGAAUUCAUUCACGACUAAUGCAGAAACCACUUCAAAUUAAUUUAAAUGAGUUAUUGGAGGGAAUACAUUCAAUUUAAAUUACUUUUUAAACCAACUUAAACAACCCAUUUUUUAUUUGCUUACUUUCUAAUAACCUAAUGAAAAUUUCAUAGGAACCAUUGAAACUAAUCUCAAAAUCCUCUAUAUCUCCUGAUAUUUGCCAUUAAAGCUCAAAAAUGUGCAACAUGUCAAGUUGGGUCCAAUUUCAGGUAUUCAGUGAUAGAUACAUUUAAUUGGUCAUAUCACAACCAAGCACAGGAUCUCUUCAUUACAAGUCUCUGCAUGAAUCAACCCAUCAAUAAUUCCUUUAAAAACUCCUACAAAUAUCAUUAAUAUUGAUUUAAUGGAGAAUUUAAAAGGGAUUUAAUGGAUAAAAUCAUGUGUUUUGGAUGUCUACACACAUGCAGCAACAUUAGCCAUCUAAUCUACAGUAAAUGUUGUUGUGCAGGAAGUCAUGGGGUUAUCUCUGACUUUCGAUCUCAUCUAAUUUGUUUAAUUUAUUCAGGACCACUUGCAAAUAAGUCAUCAGUGACUUCUAAUAAACCAGAACAACUUCAGCACAAAAUAUUAAUUCUUUCCUCACAAUAUCACCCUUUUAAAUAAAGUAGAAAUUAACAGGAGUUAAAAGUCAAAUGGAUGAAACUGCCUGUUUGAUCUGAUCCCAAGAGUCAGUUAACAUAUUAAUGCACUGUUUGCAGGUACUGUACAUGUCAGCCUGGAUAGAUAGAGGGUUUUUUUUAAAGGGGACUCUUCACUGAUAGAAAUUGUGCAGGAUUGAAUUAAGUGCUGGAUUCAGUACUUCCAAAGAAGAAACUUUAAUCCUUUCUCCUCCUGCUGCCUCCAAGCCUUGGGCAGAGAUGGGACUCACAGGAGUCUGGCAAACCCACUAUGACAAUCAACAUCCUGAGAUAAAUAUUGCGUUUAAUUUUUUAAUUAAGCAGCUAAAAAAAACCCUAAUAACUGACAGGCUAAUUUAAUUAGAAAUAAAUGGCAAAUGGCCCCACAACCUGGCUAUUAAAUUGGUUAAAUUUAACCAAUUAUUAUAUUAGAUCAGAGCAAUCUGUCAUGUGGAUUUUGAAUCCGGCACCCACAGUGCACACAUACAUCAGCAACACUCACGCAGAGCAUUUCACCUCUCAGUAAAAUCCCUUUUGGGGGAAGAAAAAUGGCUUCAUCAUGAUUAGAAAUUUAAAUAUGACAGUGUGUAUUCCUCAAGAGAUGAGCUAGUAUCUCCCAGGGUGCCGGAGAAAGCCCUUUGAUGUGUUUUGAAUGUCUAGGAAACUGAUUUUCAAAGAUAUUUAGAAAUUCUGUAGGUUUUUGUUGUGUACCACAAUUACUUCGUUUUCACUCAAUUUACAUAUGAAAACACAUUUGACACCUGUGAAAUGUUGGCAGGAAUAUCUAUGGUGGUUUCAAACACAGCAUCGUGUCAGUAUAUUACAAGUGAAUGACAGACAAGAGUGAAAACAUGCUUUGAAAAGUGAGCGAGCUAAUGAUCUCUUUCUGCUUACAAAUCCUGGAGGCAUAAACAGAUAUAAUGAGGAGUAAAGAAGGAUUACUGAUGUUUUGCACUAUGAUCCAAUGAAAAAAACUUACAGUGACAACGAAUGGCGAGGCCCAUUGGUCACUACACAUUAGUCACUCUAACCAGCGUCCUUUCUAAUCUGCAGGAGUUACAUCAACUUUGACUAGUUUUGACAAGUUUAAAGAUCCCCUCCAGAUAUGUUUUGAGAAAUGUAAAACUAUUCUGCUUUGAAUAAUAGUUUGUUUCUGAUAUGGUUUCCCCACUCUACAGUAUAAUUACCUAGUUAGAAAUUAUUAAAAAUACAUCUACAUCUAUCAGAAUCUAUGAAAAUGCAAAUAGUUUUCAUUUCCGGCGUUGGAGGAAGUACUCAGGUCCUUUACUUAAGUAUAAGUAGUGACACC